GUGUGUCUCCUCAUGGCGCUCAUUGCUGAGGUACAGCCUGGGGCUUUUCUUCUCCUGCGCUGUUAGAUUUUACUUAUUGCCAAAAUGUGGAUCUCCAGUGGUCUGAGUGCUAUCGAGGGGCUUCAUGAAUCAGCGGUCGAAGGGGAGGUGAAGCAGCUGAGAUAACCCAGCGAGUGCUAUGGUGGGACCUCCUGGAAGUACAAGAGUUUGGCGCUCCAAAAUUUCCGCAGUUUGAUUAGAGGCAUGGAUCUAACCAAGAGCUUAGUGGUCUGAGCACAGCCAGUUUGUUGGGCCUGCACAACUUUUUCUAGUCCAACCACCACCUUACCAUAAUUGUAUAAGUGACAGGUCUACACACACUCCACUCCCUAGUAAGACAAAAACACCCACACAGCAGACAUGACAGACAGAGGUUAUGGCACAUCCAAAGCAAACCUCCGACCCAACGCACCCCCUGUGCUCCCACCUGAGCCGAUCGACAUCAUUCGGAUCAAGGCCCGCUCCCGACGGGUCAGGCUCAAUGUUGGAGGCCUCACACAUGAAGUCCUAUGGCGAACGCUAGACCGGUUGCCCAGAACCCGUCUGGGACGACUGAGAGACUGCAAUACCCAUGAGUCAUUGCUGGAGAUUUGCGAUGACUACAGCCUCGAUGAGAACGAGUACUUUUUUGACCGGCACCCGGUAGCUUUCUCCUCCAUCUUGAACUUCUACCGAACAGGGAAGCUGCAUAUGAUGGAGGAGAUGUGUGCCCUGUCCUUUGGCCAAGAGCUGGACUACUGGGGUAUUGAUGAAAUCUACCUGGAGUCCUGCUGCCAGGCACGGUACCACCAGAAAAAGGAGCAGAUGAAUGAGGAGCUGAGGAGGGAGGCAGAUGCGCUAAGGGAGAAUGAUGGGGAAGAGGAGGAGCAUGGCUGUUGGGCCGACAAAAGACAGAAGCUCUGGGAUCUGCUGGAGAAACCCAGCUCAUCUGUGGCUGCAAAGGUACUGGCCAUGAUAUCCAUCCUAUUUAUCAUCAUUUCCACCAUCUCAUUGUCUCUCAACACAUUGCCUGAACUGCAAGUGGUAGAUGAAUUUGGCCAGUUCAAUGACAACCCCAGUCUGGCCCACGUGGAGGCUGUGUGCAUUGCCUGGUUUACCAUGGAGUAUAUGCUGCGCCUGCUCUCAGCACCCGACAAGUGGGAUUUCAUCAAAGCACCACUAAACAUCAUUGAUUUGCUGGCUAUAAUGCCUUACUAUGUGACCCUCUGCCUAACUGAGUCUAACAAGAAUGUGAUGCAAUUCCAGAAUGUGCGCCGUGUGGUCCAGAUCUUUCGAAUUAUGAGGAUCCUGAGGAUACUGAAGCUAGCCAGGCACUCAACAGGGCUUCAGUCUUUAGGCUUCACUCUGCGAAGGAGCUACAAUGAGUUGGGUCUGCUCAUCUUAUUCUUAGCCAUGGGCAUUAUGAUAUUCUCUAGCUUGGUGUUCUUUGCAGAGAAGGAUGAGGAUGCCACCAAGUUCACCAGUAUCCCUGCCUCCUUCUGGUGGGCUACAAUUACUAUGACCACUGUUGGUUAUGGAGAUAUCUACCCUAAAACCCUGCUGGGUAAGAUUGUGGGAGGGCUUUGCUGUAUAGCAGGUGUGUUAGUCAUUGCCCUUCCUAUCCCAAUCAUUGUCAACAACUUCUCUGAGUUCUACAGAGAGCAAAAGAGACAGGAGAAAGCAGUCAAGAGGAGGGAAGCCCUUGAAAGAGCCAAACGCAGUGGAAGCAUUAUCUCUAUCAACCUAAAGGAUGCUUUUGCACGCAGUAUGGAACUCACAGAUGUGUUAGUGGAAAAGAGAGAGGACAGCAAGUGUCCUGUGGAUAAUCACCUCUCACCCAGCCGCUGGAGCUACCACAAACACUACACUAAUGCCGAGGGGGCUAGUCCAGCUAGGUCUCAACAUUCUCAUUAUCAGGAAGUAGCUCAGCAGGGCUCUCCUGAACGAGCCAAGCUCUCAUGUAACAAAACUACCCCUCAACACCUCAGUGCAAAGAGGUUAGAAGAGACUUACAACAAGACAGCAAACACCCAGGGACAACGGGACAAAAUUAUAGAAGAGCAGGUAGAGAUGAAAACCAUGACCUCCACACAAGUCCAGCGAAAUUCACCUGAUGUCAACCAAACUGGUGCUAGACACCAACGCAUCCCCCCUCCUUUGGAUCUAAGUCAGAUAAGCACCAUGGAAGUAAACAGGGGCCCUGACAGCAUCCAAUCAGGUACUAUCCUCAAAGAGGGUUUGUAUGAGUUUGUGUCUUGCCCCAAAGGAAGUGGCGCUGGGGGAGCCCUGAAGGUUGACUUCAUUGAAUCCCAAGAUGACGUACUUAUGGCUGUGAUGACACCUAAUGCAACCCCAGCCUCUACUGGCUCAACCAAGCUUGCUCAACUACUUUCUGAUGACAUUAUCUCAAGGUUUUAUCCACCUCCAAGUUCUGCAACACUGGAAGUUAAUUCUCCGCUGGCGAUCCUGCAAUCCCCAUCUCUAGCCCAGCAAUCUGUCAGUCCAAGCUACUCCCAUGGGGGAGGUGAAGGCUCAGCAGCCAGGAGCUUAGAAGGUGAAGGGCAGCUCACAGGCUUAAGCCACCAGAGAAGAAAUCACAUGGAGAGGUCUGUCAUUGCCUCAAGUAGCAGUGCUAGCCCACUGUCGUCAAAAGCCUGCCCCCUCAACUGCACCCAGCAGCUAGUAACUGUGGAAGGAGGGGAGGAAGGAGCGGAGGAAGAAGCAGAACAGUGUGGCGAGAAACAAGAAAAUCACAUUGCUCUGGACGGAUGCAUGACACCACCCUGUGAAACAAGCAUGCAGGCUUUAAAGUGGAAGAAGUUUACUGACAAGGAUGUCAACUGAUGGGUUGAGGAAAUCCCCCAAAACGUUUUGGCUCUCACCUCUGUCUUGGCAAAUCACUACUUUCCACAAACUGAUAUCUCUUUAUUGUUGUCACAUGGAUUAUUUAUGAAGGACUGAGGGAAGUCAGAAGCUUGACUUAGUCAGAACCUAAGUUGUUACUGAUUUGCUCUUUGAGGACCAGACUAAUGGGCAAGAAGAGAAAACAAUGACAACUGAUCUCUUAGGGCUCAAAUGUGAGCGUAAAAGCCUUUUGUGAAUGAUAACAUUUACGACUAUCCUGGAGAGGUCUUGUGUACAACUCAACAGGUAUAAAUAACAGUUUCGUAUUGCUUGCUAUAUAGGCCUAUUUAUUUUGAUGGACUACUUGCACCAAGGAAAGACAGAAGUUGGAGGGAUAUUAUAUUUUUAUAUUUGUCUAAUCAACUUUUGUAAAAUGUAUAUUUUGCAAGACUUGAAAAACUAUGAUCAGUCAUUAUUCUGUGUGAUGAUUUCUCAUCAUUAUCACAGUACAGGUACAAGCGAGAAUCCAUAAGCAAACAAGGAAGGACAAAAGUCCUACUCUAAUAACUUAGUGUGACACAUAUAGAAAUGCACAGUUCAAGACUAAAUAUCUUCUGUACACCGAUGCCUGUCUCAGUGCUUCAACAAUGGAUGUUCGUUUUCCUAUAAAAACUGCACUGAAAAUAGACUCUUGAAAUUGAAAAGGGAAUGGGAUAGUGAUGAAAAUGUUAUUUUUUAUGAAUUGCUAGACCACUGUCCACCAAAAGAGAGAUCUUGGUCUCACAUAGAGACAGGUGAAAUGAGCAGACAAAUAAAAACAGAAAGACAGAGAAGUUCAAUGAAUACUCAUGUUUGAGUCAUCACACUCUGCCCGUCCUCAAUGUAUUAUGACAGGUAAGUGAGGCUUACUCCAAUGCAACACAAGCUCUUUACGUGACUGACAUAUAGGCAACCAUCUUAAAUUCAGGAAUAUCAACUGAGCAGCUUGACAAAAAUCACCCAAACACCCUAUCUGUUGUGGUCUCUGUGAGACUAGUGUCUUAUUUAAGAUGGUUGAAUAUAACAUUGGUCUUACCUGUUAUUGUGACAAUAAUUGGAUUCGGAAAUAACAAUGAUGUACUUUCAAGUUACUUGCUGUGAUCUGGGAACAUGAUGACUUCAAAGAAAUGAUGAGCGAUAAGUCAGAAGACACAAGCAUUAGGACAUGUUGGAAGAUAAUGAAGGCAAAAGCAUUACCCAAAUAUCAUAGAUUACAGACCCACCACCAUAAAUAAUGCCUCAGUAUGCGUCAAAGAAAGUAUCUUACUGAUUUUAAUGGAGCAGGAGCGGAAUCCAACACUUUUCCAGUUUGAUCAGCCAGGAGUGAAAAUAGUCAAGUUUAAACCUCUCUGUCUAUCUCUUUUUUUUUAAUUCUUUAUACUUCGUUACAUUUUUAUGAACAACCCUGUGCCACGCUGAAUGUUUUCAAGGAGGGGUUGUCUGAAAAGUUUGCCAUUAUAUUAUAUUACAAUCAUAUUAUAAUUAAGACUGUAAAUACAUCAUUUUUUCACCCCACCUUCAAUAGUGACAUUUCUGAACGGAUGUAAAUGCAUUUAAACUACUUUCUUUCAAGAAUUAAUAUCUUGCAGUUGAUAUAUUGAAUGUUGUUGUAGUGAUGUCACCAUGCUCACAGACCUCAGCAAUUCACCUUGAAAGUGUGUAAUUCUAACAAAAAGAAUAGAUGGGCAAUACUACUGAAAUAAGACCAAGUGGUUAUUAACAAUAUAUCCUUUGAGGGAGGAGGCAUAUGUUCACCCCACUGGCCCUCAGUCAUGCAAAGGCUGCACGUAUGAAGACUGUGGCCCAUUAGCUCCUGUAAAUCCACACACUGUGCGGUUCUAACUAGCCCAUGUCCAUGCAUGAUACUGUAGACAGUGUGAAACCGGUGUCUGCGUGACUAAUUUUGCUUGGGGGCUGAUUGUAAUGUAAAGGUAGUCUAACAGUGACCUCUACAGGCAUCCUCUAGACACUUGAAUGAAAGGACCUAAUGCCUCUUUAGCACUCUGUGUAAUGUGUACAAUGUAUAGGCUCGUCUUUGUUUGGAUCAGUUAUGCAGUUUGAAUGCAUGCUGAUGCUAUCAAGCCCACAUUUAGCUGUGGGCACCACCGAUUAUUCACACACAGAGUGAGCGUAUGGUGAUGGGGCCUGUCACAAGGUGUAACAUGUAUUAUGAUUGUGUAUUCCGACUGUUUCUAGAUGAAGAUUUAAAACUGAUUUAGUGCAUUAUUUAAGAAAAACUUGAAGCUGUGUUGUUAACAUCUCAGUAUAUUUAAAAAUGUGUGCCUUUUCAUAAAUAGAAUAUUUAUGAGAAGGAAAAAAACCUGUACAGUAUGGCCAGAUUUUUUGUUUUAUUUGUCUCUCUUGACUUUUUUUCUGUGAUAGUGUAUAAUCUGGGUCUAUAUCUCAGGGUUUGCAUACAUUUACAGCAUUAUGUUGUUCUCGCAUCAACUUUAUUGUCAGUUAUUUAGUUUUUGUGGAAUGCAGUGGCUUCAGGUUCAGUAGCGAGUUCAGCUUGGCUCACUUUUGGUGCUGCAGCAGCAUCCAGUAUAUGAACUGCAGCACUAUACUAAAAAGACAGCAGACAUUUAGUAGGUGUUAGUAAACCAUAACAAAAACUAAUGCCACCACAAAAGGUUUAAAAUCAUCAUACUUACUCAUAACUUUUGCUUCUGUAACUGAUCACAUAAGUAAUUAUAUUCUCAGUAUGUCAUGGAAGCCAGUAUCCCAAGCCAGCCAGUCAAAGCUGUUGAUUGAAUAAAGGUUCUUCACUGAGUGACUCAGAUGAAAGCCAGUUGUCCUUAUAGAAAAGCAUAUAAAUAGUCCCAAAAUAUUCUAAAUGGUCAUGACAUAAAUAUAUUCACACAAAAAAAUUGUUUUAAGUUAUUAAUGGGAUUUUUCAAUCGCUAUAGACUGCAGCUUGGGAGCAACUGAGCACAGGGAUGCUCUGCUUAGAUGCAAAUGAUUCAGUGCAGGAGAUUAUUGUGUAGCCUUUCUUGGUUGACAUCUGUUGACAUCUGUCCUCAUUGGGUGGGAAUGUUUAGUGCAACUUUGCUGCUUUGUUAGAUUAUAUGUGGUUUUGUGCUACCAAAGGUGCUGGUUAUUGGCACUGUUGUACAUCAGGGACUUGAACACAGCAUUGGCUCUCCUAUGCACAACCUCAUGUCCACACAAUCAUUUAAAGAAUCCCACACAGUUUCCAUUUGUAUUUGUUCUUGUAAUCACUGAGCUUUUGCACAGUUAGAUAUCGUACACUCAUAUAAACCAGACACCAAACAUUUGCUUCUGCUCUUUUUCGUUUUAUCGUUUCUUAAUGUUUCUUCCACAAUCAUCUACUUUGUUUAAGAGUAGCCUAUGUGAUUAUUAGUUUCAUUCAUUAUUUGUAAAGCAACAUAAUGUUAGUGAAUGAUAGUGAAUUAUAGGGACUUCAGUUACCAAUAUGCAAAACAAAUAAAUAUAUUCACGUAACCUA